GUUGUGGCAGAGCAUCAGUUCUGCAAGCAGGAGGGGUUGGGACUACUGGAAGGGGUCGAAGCUGGCUGAGCGGCCCGCCAGGCCACAUCCUGGGCCUGCCACCUCCGAGCCGGUCCCAGCAGGCAGGCAACCCCAGGGACCUGCCGCGGCCGCCGCUGCGCUCGGUGAACGCGCCUCCGCCUCCUUUUCCGGGAAAGCGCCAGCGCGGCUUACUCAGAGCGAGGAGGGGUUCGGGUUCGAGCAGCUCGGAAAGAGCGGCGCUCGGGCCGGGAGGGAACCCAGCCUCCGUCCCCACCGGCGGAGCGAAGGGUCCAGGCCGGGAUUGCUAAGGAGCCCGCGAGGGGCGGGGCCGAGCGCCUCUUCCGCGGCCAGUCGUUGCCGCAGCAGCCUCGACGGGACCAGCCGGAGCGGCGCAACCACCGCAGUGUGCGCUCCUGAGCCGCGCGCGGAGCAUCGUCUUCCGGCGGGGGCCCGAGUGGUGACCCAGCACAACGGCCCUCCGAGGGCUACCCGCUGGUCGUCUUCUCGGAACACCUCCCGGCGGGGAAGGAGGCGGAUGACGCCAGGCAGCCCCCUGCCAGCCCCGCUCCAGCCGCCGCCCCUUCUCCUUCUCCUCCUCCAGGCGCUCUUCCCGGCAGGCCUGGCGGAGCUCGAGGCCAUGAUCGACGGGCGGGCGCUGUCUGUCCGCAGCCUGCGGGAGGCCGAGAGCCGGGCCUUUACGUGCCUGGCCGCGGCGCCCAGCCUGGCCUGGUACCUCAACGGGGAGCGGCAGGAGACCAACGGCUCCAGCAGGUUGCUGGCCACGGACGGCCAGGACGACAGCGGCGGCGGCCCCUUCGAGGACAGCAGUAGCAGCACCUUCGUGGUGACGGCGCGGCGCCUGGACCGCCAGCUCAACUGCUCCGCCACCGACCCGGCCACGGGCCGCGUCGCCAACGCCUCCGUCCUUCUCAACGUGCAAUUUAAACCAGAAAUCGUGAGGAUGGAUGCCCGCUACGAAGAGGCCAGGGAGCCCGGUCUCCUCCUGGUGUUGUUUGUGCUGGUCCAAGCCAAUCCCCCUGCCAGCAUCACUUGGGUGGACCAGGAGGGCCAAGUGAUAGUGAACACCUCCCACUUCCUCAUCGUGGACACCAAAACCUACCCCUGGCUCAUCAACCACACCGUUCAGGUGCAGCUCAGCAGCCUGGCCAAGAACUUCUCCUUCAGCGCCUCCAAUGACCUGGGCAUCAUCAACUCCUCUGUUCCGCUGCCUGGUUUCCUGGACACCCGCAUUGAGCUGCCCCUUCUGGCGCUUGUGGUGGGGGGUGCGGUGACCCUGGGGACUCUCCUAGGCCUUGGCACUCUCAUCAGCUGUGCAGUCUACCAGCAGGGCAAGAAGGCAGCAGGACUGUCCCCACCAGUGCUGGUGCCUCCGAGUGACUCCAACAACCUGAAGCCAAAGGUGGCCCGGCUGCCCCGGGCAAACAGGUCUCUCCCAGCCAACCUGCAGCUCAACAACCUCACCCCCGAGCCCAAAGCCAAGGACAGGAUGACAGAAGGAACUGCACUACAGCAGGAGGAGGAAGAGGGCUUCUCGGAGCCGGAGGACUCCCUGGCCCUUGCAGAGAGAGGAAAGGGCCCAAGUCCUACCAACGUGCCUUGGGUCUCCCACUCUGGCUUAAUCAGCCUUGCCUACACACACGUUCAAAGGCACACGCACAGCCCUCCAGCCUUGCAGUCUUUUUCUACAAAAACAAAGGAGGUGAAAUCUGGCCUCCCCGUGCACCUGUGUUGCUUUCUACCCCUGUGAAACAGGUGUGAUGAAGCCACCUUCCAAGAGAAACCACUGUGACGCUCCCACAGCUUAGUGUUGGAGCGGCUGCUUUGCAUGCAGGAGGGGGCCAGGCUCAGUCCCUCGACCAUGGGACCCUCCCCACACCCAGGGCCCUGGAGAGUGAGUGCGCAGUACUGGAGUAGAUGGGCCCCUUGGAGCUCCGCCUGUUGUCCCAACAGGAUUAACGCAGGUUCCUGGGGGCUCCCCAGGGCCAUUUUGCCAGCCAUACCGAUAGGAGAUCCUAUAAAGCGAGCAAUGCUGGAGGCUACACCUGGGACUUUCUGCACGCAGAGUGCAGGUGCACUGCACCCAACUGCCCACCCCUUCCGUUUGUC